AUGGGAUUGAUUGUUUAUUGGUAUGGCUUCAUCUGUUUCGGUAUUGUCUUGUCUGCAAUGGUUGUGUCCUUGUGGUUUCUAUUGCGCAGAGAAAGAGGCAGCAUAGACAUUGAAUAUACUACGGCGUACAAUAGCUUGUUACUCUCUAGAUCAGAGACCCUUGGUCCGGCUCGGUUAUGGACCAGCUGCUGGAGAAGGUUACAUCCUGGCUGGCUUCUCUUCACUCGUUCCAUCUCUUUUCUAUGCAUGGCUGCUUUGUUGGCUUGGGACGUCUUGACGUGGGAUGCAAGCAUCUUCGUCUAUUACACGGAAUGGACCUUCAUGCUAGUGAUGAUCUACUUUGCGAUGGGGAUUGUAGCUUCGGUAUAUGGAUGCUGGGAAUACUCCAUGGAGUCAAAUUUGGAAACUUGUGAGUCUGAGGCUAGAGACAAGAACAGAGAUGAAUUCAGGCAACGAUUUAGGGUUUAUGGUUGUUUCAUGUUGACAAUUUUCCAGACAAGCGCAGGGGCUGUGGUGCUCACGGACGUUGUGUUCUGGCUCGUAAUAGUUCCUUUUCUAUCGAAUAGCCACCUCGGAUUAAACACGAACGAGCAGUUGAUGAUUUGCAUGCACACGGCGAAUGGAGGGUUUCUCCUGCUCGAAACAGUCCUCAAUAGCCUUUCGUUCCCUUGGUUUCGAAUAGGAUAUUUUGUUCUGUGGACUUGUCUCUACGUUGUCUUCCAAUGGAUCAUUCACGCUUGUGGCUUAUUAACUUGGUGGCCAUAUCCGUUUCUAGAGCUCGAUAAGCCAUGUGCUCCACUAUGGUACUUAGGCAUUGCAAUUGUUCAUAUCCCUUGCUAUGGAGCUUAUGCUGCGAUUGUAAAAGCCAAGAACUCAUGCUUUCCCAAUCUAUUCCCAUAUGCUUUUUGUCAAACACUAAUCAAAAAUUCAAACAUGGAAGUCUCUGUAACAUGA